AUGAAUCUGAGGCAUAUCAAAGCGAAGCAUGCCAAGAGAUCCAAUUCCUCUAGCGGUGGCUAUCGUUUGGGAUUCAACAAGUUUGUUGAUAUGAGUCCUAAGGAGUUCAAGAGAGUGUACCUUCACCAACUACCUGCGCCGACCACCACCAACCCAGCCACCACCGCCUCGAGGUCUGGCUACGUGAAACAGGACUCAUGCACACCACCUGCCUCUGUGGAUUGGAGACAGAAAGGAGCCGUGACUUCGGUUAAAGACCAGCAACGUUGUGGAAGUUGCUGGGCAUUUGGAAGCAUUAGGGCCAUUGAAUUAAUACAGGCAAUAGAGACAGGGGAACUUAUAUCCCUUUCAGAACAAGAACCUGUAGAUUGUGACUCUGUAAGCCAUGGUUGUUUAGGUGGGUCCCCUAAGAGUGCUUUUGAAUGGGUUAUCAGAAAUGGUGGCAUUAAUAAAGAAGAAGAGUACCCCUAUGUAGCUCUAGACGAUUCCUGCAAAGCCAAUACAUGUUGCUCAAGGGAUUCAAUCUAUGUGAAUCAUGCUGUUUUAAUUGUGGGAUAUGGUUCAAAAGAUGGAGAUGACUAUUGGAUUGUGAAGAACUCAUGGGGAGAAAAUUGGGGAAUAAAUGGAUACUUCCAUGUUAAGAGGAAUACAGAUUUUCCAAAUGGAGUUUGCGCCAUUAAUACCAUGGCUUGCUACCCAACCAUAUAA